AUGCUAAUCAGCUUAAUUUUUUUAAAAACUUCCCUAAGCCCUUUCUUUCCAUGGAUUAUCCAUAAGAUAAAUCUCACAUGGAGCAUUGAACUAUCGGAAGAAUAUCAGCAUCCAGCCCUCCUGCUUGUUGAUGGAGUAUCUUCCAUUUGUGCCCUCGAUCUUCGUACGGAUGAAUGGGGAGUUGAUGUUGCCCUAGCUGGCUCUCAGAAGGCUCUUUCCCUCCCUACUGGUUUAGGCAUAGUAUGCGCAGGCCCAAAAGCCUUAGAGGCCUCAAAAAAUGCAAAAUCACUUACAGUUUUCUUUGACUGGAGUGACCGCUUGAAGUUCUACAAGUUGGGAGCCUACUGGCCUUACACUCCUUCCAUCCAUUUGUUUUAUGGUCUCAGAGCAGCUCUUGAUCUCAUUUUCUAG